AUGGCUGCCUCCACCAUGUCCGUCUGCUCCGACGCCUGCACCCACGCCUCCUGGCAGGUGGACGACUGCCCAGAGAGCUGCUGCGAGCCCUGCGGCGCCCCCAGCUGCUGCCAGCCCCGCGGCUGCGCCCCCGCCCCCUGCCUCACCUUCCUCUGCUCCCCAGCGGGCUGUGCGUCCAGCCCCUGCUGCCAGUCCGUCUGCGCCAGCUGCUGCACACCCUCCUGCUGCCAGCCGUCUAGCUGCCAGCCCUGCUGCUGCCCCUGCUCAGCCUGCCAGCCGUCCUGCUGCAUACCCAUGUGCUGUGAGCCCGUGUGCUGCACACCCGUGUGCUGUGAGCCUGUGUGCUGCAGACCCGUGUGCUGCAGACCCGUGUGCUGCACACCUGUGUGCUGCAGACCCGUGUGCUGUGAGCCCAUGUGCUGUGGGAGUUCCUCCUGCUGCUGCCAGCCGUCCAGCUGCCAGCCCUGCUGCCGCCCCUGCCCGUCCUGCCCGCCGUCCUCCAGCGUGUCCCUACUGUGCAGGCCCGUGUGCAGGCCCGCCUGCUGCGUGCCCACCUCCUCCUGCUGUGCCCCCUGCUGCCAGCCCGGCUGCUGCCGCCCGGCGGCCUCGUGCGUGUCCCUGCUGUGCCGCCCUGCCUGCUCCCGCCAGGCCUGCUGUGGCGGCUCCCCAGGCCAGUGCAGCUGCUGA